CGAGCCUCAAAUAGAGAAGUGAAACACUGACCGGACCGGGCUGGUGAGAGGAAGAGGAGGGUGAGGGAGCUGCCGCUGACACAAGACGAGGAUGGGUGACAUAGCAGAUGGUGAGACAAGCUUCUACUCCAAUGCAGAGGUCUACUGGAGGGAGGUCCCCCCCACAGUGGAUGGCAUGCUGGGAGGCUACGGCAGCAUCUCCAGCAUCGACAUCAAUGGAUCCAAGGCUUUCCUGCAGAAGUUCCUUGGUGAAGGGGAAGGAAAGACGGGCACGGGCUGCGCUCUGGACUGUGGAGCAGGGAUCGGCAGAAUCACCAAACGUCUGCUGCUGCCUCUGUUCAAGACUGUAGACCUAGUGGACGUGACGCAGGAGUUCCUGGACAAAGCCAAGACGUACCUGGGAGAGGAGGGCAAGAGAGUUGGGAAGUACCUCUGCAGCGGCCUGCAGGACCUUGUACCGGAGAGUGGACGCUAUGAUGUCAUCUGGAUCCAGUGGGUCAUUGGUCACCUAACAGACGCCCACCUGGUGGAGUUCCUGCGGCGUUGCCAGAAAGCCCUGCGGCCCAACGGCCUCAUCAUCAUCAAGGACAAUGUGUCGUAUGAGGGCGUGGUCCCUGACGAGGUGGACAGCAGCGUCUGCCGCGAUCUGGAAAUAGUUCAUAGUCUGGUGGGCAGAGCAGGCCUCCGCAUCCUCCACGAAGAGCAACAAACUAACUUCCCAAAGGAGAUCUACCAAGUCCACAUGUUGGCUCUCAGAUAGGAGCCUUCCCUCCUCCACGGAACAGUUAAGAGUAUACACAGUAUUUCUAACGUGUUUUCUAGUCAGCAAUCCAUUUAUUAUCUGUGAAGUGAUCCGCAGUGCCAGUUAACUCCUUACUUCAGUCUUCUGCUCUGUGCUAAUUCCUGAGUCAUAUUUUCUGGGCCACCAGGUCUAAAGGUACGGCUGUGUUACACUUCUGUCUUAGUUGCUUCAUCUCCAGUGCAAGACGGCCAAAUUCAAGCAUGCGUUUGCUGUGUCAGUGUGAAGUCCAGCGGGAUUGCAGGUCCAGGUUCAUCUUUGGCUGUGUGGAUAUGCAGUCAGCCAAUAGAAAUUGGAUGCACUGUGUUUGGGAAUGGAGAAGUCACUGUUCUAGAGCUGUGUCAUCACCAGACUACAAACUGCUGCGUCACUGGAUCUAAUGUUCACUGGAUUCAGCUGCAUCACAUCCUGGUUCUAAUGCUACUGGAAGCGUUUCAGAAGCGGAGCAUCAUCAAGCAAUCUAUUCUUACAAAGGCCCAAUUCCAAUAUCAUGGAGAUGUUUUAUGGACAUUUUACAGCGUAUAAAGACAAGUUUGCAGAUGAAUGUGUUAACACAGACUUUGUGGCUGUAUUUAUCAUUUUUUAAUGAGGGAUGUCUUAAUCAACUUUUUGGGGUUCUGAGAAAUGUUGAUUAAAUGGAAAAUGAAACGCUUCUACCUGACUGUACACUGCUCUUUCUAUAACCAGAGAUGUAACGGCUCUGUUCAUAAGGGCCAUUAUACUCCUUCAGAGAGGAGAGACAGAGACAGACAGACAGACGAUGGAGAGAGAGACAGACACAUAUCAGAUUAUGGAGAGAGAGAGGAGACAGACAGCAGACGAUGGAGAGAGAGAUUUUGAUUUCUGAACCAAGGUGUUGAAACAGUGGGCUUCACUCAUUUUUACCAUGUUGAUGUUGGAACAAAAUGAUCUCAGCUGGACAGUUCCCUGGUUAGCUGGUGACAAGCUAACAGGAGUGCGUCGUCUCCACCCAGUCUUUGGGAAUGACUCUUCUACCGUGCACUGCUGGGGUAAUGUCAAAAGGUCUAGAGUGAACUUCCACGCUUGGAUAUGCUGAUGUUGACUGAUGGAAGAAUUCAAUUUCAUUCCAAAUCAGUGAUUGUAUCAUGCAGUCAACAUGGUAGCAGC